AUGAAAGCUGCUUUUAAUCCAAAAUGCUUUUAUUCCAAACUAUUUCUUUGCUUUCUUUUUGUCAAGCUGUGCCAUCCUCUAGAAAUAAUACUGGCUCGUUAUGAUUCCUCUAAGAGCAGCCUGAAUGCACUUGAUGAUAAAAGUAUUCAAGAAAUAUAUUGAUCCUUUCCCUCAAUUGAGUGGCACGAAUGCAAUAUAGUUCUAGCACCCUUAUUGAGCAUACAAUUCUUGCUAUCAUACAAGAAACUUAUCGUGCUGAGCGUCAGGAUUUGAGAACUCGAAAUUAUUUGUUAAGCAAGAUUGGCUUGAACAAUAUUGGGAAAAAUAAGCAAUAAGUAUGAUAGGGAUAUAUAUCUAUGAUAAAAGAUUGCAUUUUGUCUCAUCCUGGGAGCUUAGUUUUACUAGAUAUUUCAAAGGCAUUUCAUGUGCAAUUUAAAAUUUCACAAAUUUGUAGUGAGCUAUCUUUGGUGCAUUUGGUCUAUCAAAGCAAGUUUUAUUAUGAAGAUGAGUGGACUUACUCUCUUAUUCGCCAACAAAAUAAGCAACUGGAUGCACUUUUGGCUCUUUUAAACACUUCAAUUGGGCGCAAGGAAUUUUUAUUUCUGACCAGGCAAAGUAUGAGUGGAGAGAUAGCAUCAUAG